AUGGCUGAAUAUCUUGCGUCGAUUUUUGGUACUGAACAAGACAAAGUAAACUGUUCAUUUUAUUUUAAAAUUGGUGCUUGUCGUCAUGGCGAACGAUGUUCUCGUGUUCAUAAUAAGCCUACGUUUAGUCAAACAGUUCUUUUGAAAAAUCUAUAUUUAAAUCCAAAUAAUACUUCUAUCACCAAACCAGACACUGGUCUUGUCGAACAAUACCAUGGAAAUCAAUAUUCUGAGGAAGAAGUACAAAAACAUUUUGAUGAAUUCUUCGAAGAAGUUUUUUUAGAAGUUGAAGGAAAGUAUGGACACGUUGAAGCAAUGACUGUUUGUGAUAAUCUUGGCGAACAUCUUGUAGGAAAUAUUUAUAUUAAAUUUCGAUAUGAACAAGAUGCUGAUCGAGCUGUAACUGAGCUUAAUAAACGAUGGUUUGAUCGAAAACCUAUCUAUGCAGAAUUAAGUCCUGUAACUGAUUUCAAAGAAGCAAGUUGUAGACAGUAUGAAGUAGGUUCAUGUAAUAGAAGUGGUUUUUGUAAUUUUAUGCAUAUUAAAACGAUAUCACAAGAUGCAAAAAAACGACUUCGUAAACAACGGCCAAGAUCACGUAGUCCUUCACCGCCAAGAAAACAUCGUCGUCAUUAA